AUGCCUGGACUGCUCUCUGGCGCCCGGUCGCCCUCGACGAGUUCGUCAGAGGAUGGUCGGGUUCAGCUCGAUACCCCAAGCUCAGGGUUUGAGUAUCCGGCCGUUUCCUUCCCUGGCUACGCAGAAAAGCCGCUGGAUGAACAACUUGAACCUAUUGCCGUCGUCGGAAUGGGCUGCCGCCUGCCCGGCGAUGUCAGCUCGCCAGCCGGGUUCUGGGACUUGAUGAUGUCAAAGCGCAGCGGACAGACACCCAAGGUGCCGGCAUCGCGGUUCAACAUCGACGCCCACUAUCACAAGAAUAAUGACCGUCCAGGCAGCUUCGGCGUGCUUGGGGGCUACUUUCUUUCGGAAGCUGAGGACCUGGCCAGCUUCGAUCCAGGUCUAUUCGGCAUCACGCCGAUCGAGGCCAUGUGGAUGGACCCGCAGCAACGGAAGCUGCUCGAGGUGGUAUACGAGGCGCUCGAAUCGGGUGGCAUUACGCUCGACGCCAUCUCGGGAACGCGGACAGCCGUCUUCGCGGCGAGCUUCACCGCCGACUGGCAGCAAAUGUCCUUCAAGGAGGCCUCGUUCCGCCACAGUCUCACGGCGACAGGUGUCGACCCGGGCAUUAUCAGCAACCGCAUCAGUCACGUCUUUAAUCUCAACGGACCGAGCAUUAUGGUAAAUACGGCAUGCUCGUCCUCAGUUUAUGCGCUGCACAACGCCUGCAACGCCCUCCGCAACAGCGAAUGCGAGGGCGCCAUCGUCGGCGGCGUCAACCUCAUCAUCACUGUCGACCAGCACAUGAAUACGGCCAAGUUGGGUGUGCUUUCCCCGACCUCGACUUGCCAUACCUUCGAUGAGGAGGCUGAUGGUUACGGCCGCGCCGAUGCCGUCGGCGCAGUCUACCUUAAGCGCCUGUCCGAUGCUGUGCGUGAUGGCGACCCCAUCCGGGGCGUUAUUCGUUCCAGCGCUGUCAACUCCAACGGCAAGGUGCCAGCAGUUGGCAUUACACAUCCGAACCGAGAGGGUCAAGCCGACGUCAUUGCUCACGCGUACAGGCGCGGAGGAGACCUGGAUCCGCGACUUACGGGUUACUUUGAGUGCCACGGCACGGGCACGGCCAUUGGCGACCCUCUGGAGGUCCAUGCAGUCUCCAUGGCCAUGAACAAGUCGCGCCAGCCGGGCGAGGAUCCUCUGAUGAUUGGGGCAGUCAAGACAAAUAUCGGGCACAGCGAGGCGGCAAGUGGACUCUCAGCCCUGAUCAAGGCCAUCCUGGUCGUGGAGCGCGGCAUGAUACCCCCGAUCAAGGGCCUGCAGAAGCUGAAUCCCAAGAUCAAGUGGGACGAGUGGCAGGUCAAGGUGCCCACGGAGCCAACCCCGUUCCCCAGCCACCUCCCCGUGCGCCGCGUCUCCAUCAACAGCUUCGGCUACGGCGGCACCAAUGCCCACGUGGUGGUGGAGGCGACAGCAGGCCUUGUUCAGGGGCGUCAGGCCGCUUACGCCUUCAGCGACCCCCACGACCGGUACGCGGAGGGGAGGAAGGCCCUGGUGCCGCGGCGUGCCGCACAGAGGAAGAGGCCGUUCCUGCUGCCCUUUUCGGCCCACGAUAAACCAACGCUGCUGCGCAACAUCGAAGCCCAUGGCAAGGUCGCCGCCGACUAUAGGCUGCUGGACCUGUCGUGGACGCUGGCCACGCGCCGCAGCAAGCUCUCGAGCCGGGCGUACACAGUCGCGAGCUACGAGUCGCUCGAGUCGGCGUUUGGCGACGAGACGCGGGCUCCGUUCGCCUUCGCGGACACCAAGAAGACAUCAUCCUCGUCGGCGCCGCGCACCAUCGGGUUCGUCUUCACUGGCCAGGGAAGCCAGUGGGCGCGCAUGGGCGCCGAGCUGAUCGAGUACAGCGCGGUGUUCCUCAGGGCGAUCCGGGGGCUGGACCAGGCGCUGGAGGAGCUGUCCGACGGCCCCGCCUGGUCCCUGGAGGACAUGCUGCUGGCGCCCGGCGAGACGUCGCGGGUGCAGGAGGCCGAGUUUGCGCAGCCGCUGUGCACCGCCGUCCAGGUGGCGCUGGUCCAGCUGCUGCAGCACUGGGGGGUCCGCCCUGCCGCGACGGUCGGGCACUCGUCGGGCGAGAUCGGCGCCGCGUACGCGGCUGGGCUCUUGUCGGCACGCGAUGCCAUCACCCUGGCGUACUACCGUGGCCUCGUCACGCGCGACGCCGUCUCCAAGGGCGCCAUGCUCGCCGUUGGCCUGGGCGCCGAGGCCGUGAUGCCCUACGUCGAGGCCCAGAACGCUGCCAGCGCGAAGCUCACUGGCGAGGAGCAGGCAGGGCAGGGGAAGGUUGUAGUCGCCUGCCACAACUCGCCAAUGGGAGUGACGCUUAGUGGAGAUGCAGACGCGGUGUACAAUGUGCAGCAGAAACUCGUGGCUGACGGCGUGUUGGCACGAGCUGUCAAGACUGGCGGCAAGGCCUACCACUCGCAUCAUAUGGCCCCCCUAUCCGCCACCUACGAGGCGCAUGUCAGGGCCGCCAAGGCUGCAAGGAAAUCAGCGACGAUGACGAAGCUAACCAAGGCUUCCCUCGACCUACCUCUGGCCACGUCGGCCAAGAUGGUAUCCACCGUCACCAACAGCGUCGUCCCGCCAGACAGCGUCCUGGACGAGACCUACUGGAGUGCUAAUCUCCGGAGUCCCGUCCUGUUCAACCAGGCCGUCCAGACUAUGCUGAAGACAACUUCAACCGCCGGCAAUGGGUCCGGGACCGAGUCUGGACCGUUGGGCAACACAAAAGUCGACCUCCUGAUAGAGAUUGGCCCGCACUCGGCCAUGUCCGGCCCCAUCAAACAGAUCCGCACGGAGCUUCAGCGCGGGGACGUCGACUACGUGCCGACUCUUAUUAGGGGCGCUGACAGCGCUGCGCAGAUGCUCAGGCUGGCAGGCGACCUCUUCCUGCGCAACUACCCAGUGGACAUGGAGCAAGUAGCAACGGCGUACGCGGAGGGGCCGGGCGCCGUCAUCGUGGACCUCCCGCCGUAUCAGUGGAACUACGCCCGCCCCAUGUGGGCGGAGAGCCGGGCGAGCCGCGAGCAGCGUCUCCCGCAGUUCCCCCGCCACGACGUGCUGGGCCAGCUGGUCAUCGGCUCCUCGCUGGCCGAGCCGACGUGGCGCAACGUGCUGCGGAGCCGCGACCUGCCUUGGACAAAGGACCACUUCCUGGGCGGCGAGAACGUCUUCCCUGCCGCAGGGUACUUUGCCAUGGCCAUGGAGGCCAUCACGCAGCUUCGCGAGAUGGGCCGUCUCUCCGGCACUGACGCUUCUUCUUCUUCUUCUCCAGAUGGUAGUGGUGGCAUAGAGAACUAUGUCCUCCGCGACGUAUCCAUCGACAAGGCCCUCAUCGUCCCAGACGAUGACGACGGCAUCGAGGUCCUGUUCAACGCCCGCCCAUCGGUAGCCGCAGGAUCGGGGUGGUGGGAGUUCAGCGUUUCCUCGAUCGACACCGGCGGCGUUGUCAAGGAGCACAUGACAGGGAGCGUGGGUAUCAACAGGCGGCCCAGCAAGGGCAAGGACAGCCUCAUCAGGGAGGUGCCCGAGUUCACACAGAGGGCCAGCGGCAGGGCGUGGAACCAGGCGCUGCGCGACGUCGGCUUCGACUACGGCCCCACGUUCCAGGACAUGGACGACAUCCGGUUCGACGGGCGGCGCCACGAGGCCAGCUGCGCGACGGCGCUCAAGCAGACGGUGGACGCGGCCCUGGGCGAGUCACGCUACGUGCUGCACCCGGCCUCGGUCGACUCGGUGCUGCAGCUCAGCAUCGCCGCCAUCUACGCUGGUCGCACAGGGGCCAUGGACUGCGGCGUGAUCCCCGUCCGGUUCGCUGAGGUGGCCGUGUGGCCGCCCAGCAGCACCCAGCUCCAGGGAGGAGGGGCGGCGACAGCGUACGCGUGGAGUGACCGCCACGGAAUCAGGUCAUUUGAAACGGGAGCCCAGAUGGUGGCGGCUGAUGGGGGCCUCGUGCUCGAGAUCAAGGGCCUGCGCACUGUCAAGUACGAGGCUGCCGUGCCCCAGCGGCCUGCGUCUGCGUUGGAAGAGGCACCGUUUGGGGAGAUGACCUGGGAACUGGACAUUGACAGCCUGAGCGAGCCGGCGCAACUUGAGGGGAUGGAUUCUCUCGACCUGCUGCGCCUCGCGCUUUUCAAGAGUCCCAGCGCUAAGGUGCUCCUUCUCACGACGGCCGGUGAAGUUGACCUAGCAGAGUUGAAGGAUAAGGUCCUGCGCGAGAACCGACGCGCCUUCUGUACCGUCGCCGUUGGCUCAGAUCAGGAGGUAGAAGCCGCCAAGGAAUCUUUGGCCGAGUUCCAGAACAUAAAAGUCGUCAAGAUGGAUGAAGGCGCACUGGCGGAGGAUCCGUCUGGCGAGGAAAACCUCCCCUUUGCCGCGGCGUCAUUCGACCUGGUGGUUACUGGAGACAAGACCCAGUCUCCGUAUGGUCUGCACCGCUUCCUCAAGCCUCUCGGUCGAGUCAUAGGGAGCUCAUCCCCAGCGACCAAUGGGCAUCAUCCCAAUGGAGAGGCCAAGAUCUCUGCUACGAUCAGUAACAGCGCAGGCGUCUACACAACCAAAUAUAACACCGAAGAGGACCAAGAAAGAAAAGCAACACCACCGGACCAUGCGACCCAGAUCGUCUACGGCAGCCACCAGAGCGACAUCGUACCGCUACUCAGCAGCGCCUUGGAGAGCAUGGGGUGGCGCGUCUCCGUGUGCAGCCUGGAUGAGUGCACACAGGCCGGGGUCGCCAAGCAAGUCAUCAUGCUGGCCGACCUGGAGGCGCCGCUGCUGCACACCAUGACGGAGAAGGAGUUCGCCCAGGUCCAGCACAUCACAAGCACCGCCUCGUACCUCGUGUGGGUUAGCACGGGUGGCCUCCUCGAGGGCAAGAGGCCCGAGCACGCGCUCGUUUCCGGGCUCGCGAGGGCCCUGGCCGCCGAGCGGGCGUCGCUGCUCUUCAGCACGCUCGACGUGGACCCCGACAGCACCACGCCGCAGCAGGUGGUCGAAUCCAUCGUGGCCAUUGCUCGGGGCCAGGUCCACGCACAGGAGGAGCAGGCGCAGGGCUUGUCACCGUCCCCCGACCGUGAGUUCUGCCUCUCGGGCGGCAGGACGUAUAUCAGCCGGCUCGUACCCCGGCGCGACCUCAACAGCGUCUUCACCACCACGUCGUCUGAGGCACAGGACUCCAAGGGAAUACCGUCCGGUUCAGGGGAGCAUUUUGUGGCGAAGGUAGUCAAGGGCAAGGUACAGUUCUGCCAGGACGAGCAGAGGGCCGCUGUUGCUCCGGGAUUCGUCGAGGUGCGCGUACAGGCCACAGGGCUGACCGACGAGGGCGUCAUGGUCAUCAGCGGGCAGGACUACCCCAAGACCUUCAGCCAUGAGAUCGGUGGCCUCGUGACCAGGGUUGGCCCCGGUGUUGCAGGAUUCCGCGAGGGCGAUGUCGUCGUGGGGCUCCAUGCCGACUGCUUUGCCAGCCACCAGCACGUCCACGAGGACAUGCUCCAGAAACUCCAGGGCGGGAGAGUCAGCAUUUCCGAGACAACCAGCGCGCUCAUGGCCUUCGCAUCUGCUCUUUACGGCCUCGAUACGCUGGCACGCGUUACUAAGGGCGACGACGUUCUCGUCCUCCAUGGCACGGGAUUUAGUGGCGCUGCGGCGAUCCAAAUCGCGCGACAGAGGGGUGCCGUGCCGUACGCCUCCGUCAGGACCGAUGCCGAGGCUUCUUUCCUCGGGGACAAGCUAGGCCUCCCUCCGGCUCAGAUCCUCCGCACGCCUGAGGGCGUCACCGUGUCGGAGCAGAUUAAGCGCCUUACCAACGGGAAGGGCGCCGACGUGGUCUUUAGCGCAGGCGGGCGUGUGAGUGCCGACGACGCCCGCGAGGCAUGGCGUUCCAUCGCGCGCUUCGGCCGCUUCCUCGACGGCGGGCGCAAAGGCGGCUCCAGCCUGCAGCACCAGAACGGGCCCCUCGACGCCUCCCCCGUCCAGCGCGGCGCCUGCUAUCUGGCCUACGACGUACUGGACCUGCUUGAGGCCCGUCCAGUCGUGGUGGCCGGCCUGUUGGCCACCACGGUGUCGCUGCUCGCCGAUGGGUCUAUCGUGCCACCCUCUGGGGAGCUGCAGGCCGUUAGCCUGGGCGAGGUGGACCGGGCGGUGGCGCGCGCUUCCUCCCCCGAGACACUCGACUUCGGCGCCCCCAAGUUCGUCCUUGACUACGGGAAGGGGGCCCCCACCAGCGUGCUGCCGGCCCGACCGAGGCUCGGGUUCAGCCCCGACGCUACCUACCUGCUUGUGGGUUGCCUGGGCGGCCUGGGCCGUAGCCUCACGUCGUGGAUGAUGGAAUCUGGUGCCCGCAGGUUCACCUUCCUGUCGCGGUCUGGUGCCGAUGCUCCGUCUGCAGCGCGUCUGGUCGCCAAGUUGGAGGAGGCAGGUGCUGCUGUCCAGGUUGUGCGUGGCGAUGCUGGCUCUCUUGACGAUGUAAAGCGUGCCGUGAAUGGAAUUCCGGCCGAGCAUCCCGUCAAAGGUGUCAUUCACGCGGCCAUGGUACUCCGGGACGGUCUCUUCGAGUCCAUGACAUUCGAGAACUGGAAAGCCUCAGUCAACCCAAAGGUAACGGGUGCUGCCAAUCUAGACGCCGCACUAGCAGACACGCCGCUCGACUUCUUCCUCAUGACGAGCUCCGUGUCAGGAAUCCUCGGCACGCCUGCGCAGGGCAACUACGCCGCGGCCAACAGCUAUCUGGACUCGCUGGCCCGUCACCGUCGGGCCCAAGGGAGGGCCGCCGUCUCGGCCGUGCUGCCCAUGGUCCUGGGCGUUGGCGUCGUCGCCGAGAACUCGGAGCUGGAGCAGUCGCUGAGGCGCAAGGGCAUGUACGGCAUCGACGAGGUCCAUCUCCUCGAGGGCUUCGAGGCCGCCAUCGCCUCGUCCUCGGCCUCGCCUUCAUCGCCCCACAGGUUCGUGGAGAGCCCCCCAGAUCACGUCGUGGUGGGCCUGGACGCGUCCAAGCUCCAGGGCGCCGUCAACGACCCCGUGGCCACCGACAGCUUCUGGCUGCAGGACGCGCGGUUCAGCCACGCCGCGCACGACAUCAACGCCUCGUCGGGCGAGGGCGGCGGCGACGGGUCCGGCGGCGGCGGCGGCAGCGCGCAGAGCAUCCUGGCCACCAUGAAGGCGGCGGCGUCGCCGGCCGAGGCUGUGGCGUGCGCGUCGUCGCACCUGGCCGACAAGCUGGCGCGGAUGCUGAUGCUCGACGCGGGCGAGUUCGACGAGCCGGACGCCAGGUCCAUCGCGGCGUACGGCAUCGACAGCAUGAUCGGCGCCGAGCUGCGCGGCUGGAUCUUCAGGGAGUUCCGCCUCGACAUACCCUUCCAGCAGCUGCUGGCCCCGACGCUCACCCUUACCAAGUUCGCGCGUCAGGUUUGCGAGUCGCAGGGCAUCGAGGGUGCUUGA